AUGGACGGCAGCUGUUUGGUACGGCAGAUCGGCGGCAAACAGAUGAUUAAUGAGCAGGUAGCAGCUUUCCCGAUCGACCAGGAUACAGCUACCUUCAAGUUUGGGCGCGACCCAACAUGCAGCGCCCGUCUCUGUUAUACAGAGGUCAGUGCUCUGCACGCGGAAAUUGUGUUUCUGAAAGACAGAAAUAAAUCAUGUGCGUUGGCAGGCUUUCAAUCCUCGUCGCCUUUGGCAAAGCAUGCCUCUCAACAGACAGUUGUGGAAGGAGUGAAG